AUGCCCGACUUGAAAUCACCCGCAGAGCUACAGAACGGCGCAGCUGCGUUCGUCAACCUCAUCCAUGUUCUCUUGGGGGUAUACGCAUACGAAUGGGUUCUUUCUCUAAACUUCGAUUUCGGUUUUUUGUUGGGAAGGAGGAAAUUCUGUUGGCCAAUGAUUUUCUACUUCGCGAACAGAUAUCUCCUUCUUUUUGCACUGGUAGGGGUCAUUAUUUCCAUGGAUGUUACUUCAAAGGUCGAUUGCCAGGCCCUAUACACUUUCAAUCAAAUUGCAGGCAGUGCUGCAAUGGGUCUAGCAAACAUCAAUCUUUCGAUCUGA